CUGAAAAAAAUAUGUACAUAUUUGUGCAUUAUGUAUAUUAAUCUAUUAAAUAGCGCUGCUGCAACAGUCUCUCUAUUAUGGUAACAGCAGUUUACAAUAGCUGUUUUGAAAGACCGUAGAUAUUUUACAUUUGGUUUUUUGUUUCUGUUGUUCUCAACUUCACAUGUGAAUGAAGCGGAUUUCAGGCUUUGUAAAUCUUCAGAAGCUUUAGUCUGUGUAAAAUCUUUUUAUAUUCUCCAGGUGUGUUUGGUGAUUUAGUGUCAGUGAUGGAGGGAGAUUCUGUCACUUUAAAAACUAAUGUUGAAGUAUGUGAUGGUGACACCAUACUGUGGAAAUAUGGAGCUGGAAAGUCUUUCAUAGCUAAAAUGAAGAAAAAUAAGCAAAUUGUCUCCACAUAUAAUGAUACUGAUGAGAGAUUCAGAAACAGACUGAAGCUGGACAAUCAAACUGGAUCUCUGAUCAUCACAAACAUCACAACUCAACAUGCUGGACUCUAUGAAGUACAGAUAAGUGGAGUCAAGUGGUCAUCAAAAAUAUUCAGUGUUUCUGUCUGUGCUCGUCUGCCUGUUCCUGUCAUCAGCAGAGACUGUUUAUCAUCAUCAUCAUCAUCUUCAUCACAGCAGAAUUGUUCAUUGGUGUGUUCAGUGGUGAAUGUGGGUCAUGUGACUCUCUCCUGGUACAAAGGAAACAGUUUAUUGUCCAGCAUCAGUGUGUCUAAUCUCAGCAUCAGUCUCUCUCUACCUCUGGAGGUGGAAUAUCAGGAUAACAACAGCUACAGCUGUGUGCUCAACAAUCCCAUCAGCAACCAGACCACACAUCUGGAUAUCAACAUACUCUGUCACAUAUGCGAAGAUCCUCCAGACUCUGUAUCUCUGAUAGUACUGAUCUUCGCCGCUAGUUCAGACACAAGAGGAAGACCGAGCCGAUUCAGCUUUGUGCAAACCAAAAUCACAAAAAACGAUCCUCCAGACUCUGUAUCUCUGAUAGUACUGAUCUUCGCCGCUGCCGCUGCUGGAUCUCUGUUGAUUGUAGUUUCAGUCGUGACGUGCUGUAUCUGCAAGAAAUGUAGAAAAAAGGGUCAGGAGAGCUAG